CAUCAACCAUAUUGCUUUUCGGGUAACCAAAAAGUUGUCUGUAACGCUAGUGAGUCUGUCAACGAGUUUGUUUAGAAAUGUAAUGCAUAAUACACGCAUAGCAUGAGGGGGCGUGUUCGUAGGGAAAAGGCACAUAAAAUGGCAACUGUCAGUGUAGUUUCUGCAGUUUGAAAAGUGUUCCAAGGUUGGGCCGAUAGUUCCGCUUCCCUUCCGCCAUUGCGGCUCAGUCCCGGUCCACUACAGUAACAGUGAAACAAUAAAAAGUGAGCCGAACAGCGUUGGGCUCGUGUGGGUGACGGGGCUUCGCGAGUGGACGUGUUGUAUGAACCCGGUGCAGUUUUGUCGGGACAGGCGUCUCCUGCAGGCUCUUUGAGGAGAGUUUGCCAGAGUUGGCGCGGUGCCUCAGCACUCCCCUGUCAUGUCCGAUAACGGCGAACUGGAGGACAAGCCCCCAGCACCCCCAGUUAGAAUGAGCAGUGCCUUCAGCCCCAGCGGGAAGGACCCGCUGUUAGCCAAUCACAGUUCCAAACCCCUGCCUUCAGUACCUGAAGAGCGGAAACCUCGCUACAAGAUUAUUUCAAUCUUCUCUGGCUCUGGAACAGAGAAAGGUGGCAAAAAGAAGGACAGGGACAAGGAGAGACCUGAAAUCUCACAUCCAUCAGACUUUGAGCACACAAUUCAUGUGGGGUUUGAUGCAGUCACAGGAGAGUUCACUGGCAUGCCAGAGCAGUGGGCAAGACUGCUGCAGACCUCAAACAUCACAAAGUCUGAGCAGAAGAAGAACCCCCAGGCUGUGUUGGAUGUCCUGAAGUUCUAUGAUUCAACUGGCAAUGGCAGACAGAAAUACCUCAGCUUUUCUUCCUCAGAUAAAGAUGGACAGAUGCGUGCUAAGAAAGGAAGUGAACCUUCACCAGCUAAGGAUGCUGAUGACGAUGAUGAUGAUGAAGGGACCCCUCCUCCCAUUGUGGCACCACGACCAGAACACACAAAAUCAGUAUACACCCGCUCUGUCAUUGAUCCAGUGCCUCCACCUGCUACUGGCGUUGAUGGUGACUCCAAAACUGCUGACAGACAAAAGAAGAAGGGCAAGAUGACAGAUGAAGAGAUCAUGGAGAAACUCAGAAGCAUAGUCAGUAUUGGAGAUCCCAAAAAGAAGUACACACGUUAUGAGAAGAUCGGACAGGGGGCUUCAGGUACUGUGUAUACUGCCAUUGAUGUUGCUACUGGACAGGAGGUUGCCAUUAAGCAGAUUAACCUACAAAAACAACCUAAGAAGGAGCUGAUCAUCAAUGAGAUCCUGGUGAUGAAAGAGUUGAAGAACCCAAACAUUGUCAACUUUUUAGACAGUUUCCUGGUGGGCGAAGAACUUUUUGUUGUGAUGGAAUACCUGGCUGGUGGCUCACUGACUGACGUGGUUACAGAGACCUGCAUGGAUGAAGCUCAGAUUGCUGCUGUCUGCCGGGAGUGUUUACAAGCACUGGAAUUCCUUCAUGCCAACCAGGUCAUCCAUCGAGAUAUUAAGAGUGAUAAUGUACUGCUAGGCAUGGAUGGGUCUGUCAAGCUCACUGAUUUUGGCUUCUGUGCCCAAAUCACACCAGAGCAGAGCAAGCGUAGCACCAUGGUUGGCACACCCUACUGGAUGGCCCCUGAGGUUGUGACCCGGAAGGCUUAUGGCCCCAAAGUUGACAUCUGGUCUCUGGGCAUAAUGGCUAUUGAGAUGGUAGAGGGGGAGCCCCCAUACCUAAAUGAGAACCCAUUAAGGGCAUUGUACCUGAUUGCCACUAAUGGCACACCGGAGCUCCAAAACCCGGAAAAGCUGUCCCCCGUUUUUCGGGAUUUCCUGAACCGCUGCCUGGAGAUGGAUGUGGAGAAAAGGGGUAGUGGGAAGGAGCUGUUGCAGCAUGCAUUUUUGAAGCUAGCAAAGCCCCUCUCUAGCAUGACGCCGCUCAUCCUUGCAGCCAAGGAAGCCAUGAAGAGCAGUCGCUAGUCAGUACUAGUUGUGAAAUUGUUCUGAACCUUUAACGCUCAUCUUAACAGGCAAUGUUUCUAACUCGGCUCCACAUCCUUUGGGGUUAAUUUUCUCUGAUCAUCUUUGGAACUUUAUGGACUUCCUUGAAUUCUACAGGACUGCUGAUUGUUGACUCUGUGACCUUCAACACAGCCUCUUCAACAAGAUGACAAACAGUACAAGUGUGAUAGUCAUUCCUUAAAUUGGGAAUAACUGCAUUUGAUCAUUAGUGUUGUCCCAAUAUUAAUGAAUUAUGUGAAUUACUAUCUAUUUCUGAUGUCACCACUUGUAAAUUGUAAAACGCCAUUUUCCUCCAUCUCAAUAUUGGAAUACUUGAAUCUUUCAGCAAUGCAUGCUUACCUGUGCCUUCUUUUUUUACCUUUAAGAAAAAAUACAGUAUAAAACCUUUCAUUAACACAGGGAUUUUAAAGCCAAACUUUACUGAUUUUAAAAUGUUUGUGUACUGUUUAACAUUUUAAGUAUCAUGAUACAUUGUAUUUGCAAAUGUCUUGGAUUUUAAUUGUUUCUUUGUUUCAGUGGAAGUCAUAGUUUUACCAGGAAAAACUAAUCUGUAACCUCUUGAAAAGAAGAGAACUCAAAAUUCAUCCCACUAAUUUAAGAUUAAAACUACCCUGAGAUAGUUUAAACCCUAGUGAAUUUUAAAAAAUAAAUUUACUCAGCUCAUUCACUGUGAAAUGUUUUGGAUUUUUGUUGGAUUUUGAUUCACUGUGAAAUGUUCUGGAAUUAGUGUAAUUCUGUCCUCAGCAGUAAAUGUAAUGCCAGACUUUUUUAAACCAAGAAGCUGAAUGUCAACUACAGAGAACAAAGUUAUUCUAUUGCAAAGUACAAAUGCCCUGUAUUAGUCGUUUAAUGUGGUCUCAUUAAUUCAUUGAAAGCUUUUAUAUCAAAGCCACUUAAUGAGAAGCAGCAUGGCUGAUGCUACCCCAUAGAGUCUACUUGAACUGAACUGUAUAGAAUUGACUUCAUUUGUAUAGCUGGAAAGUGUUUUUGUUUAAUAGGGAAUCAAUUCUGUAAAUAGGUGUUACUUUUGUCAAUGUUUAUGCGUUUGGGCUGUUAAUGACAAGGUUUUAAAAGUUUUUGACUAUACCUGUCAUUCUAUAUCUUAAGAUUCAUUUAGGUUGGAGAUUUUUUUUUUUUUUUUUUUUUUUUUUAUUUUGAAGCAUCUUCCUACACAAUUUAGAGUCCACAGGAUGCACAACAGUGAGGGUUUUGGCAUAAUCUUCAAGGUAGUGAGUUUCUUAAACUUAGGUUAUGCCUGAAAAUCAUACAGGAUUAUAAGGAUUUUCCGCUGCUGCUGUUGCAGGAGUAGUAACAUGAAGCCCUGCAUUAUCUUGCACCAAACCCACCAUUUCUGAAGUGUUUUCAGUCUUAUAGAACCUCAUGUCUCAAGUCAAAUGAUUUUAGUAUAGUUGUAUAGUACUUUGCCAUUAGCGGUCUUACCCUUUGGAACCUAGUGUUGAAUUAUGCACGCAAUCACAAAACAAGCUCAGUAUGAUUUUACCCCCCAACACACCAGGUGCUGGGGACGAAGUGAUGAACAUGGACGUAAUGGGGCAAAUGCCAGCUUUAUGCUGGGCAAGGCUGCCUUUUAGGUAUUAGCUCUUUAAGGGACAGUAUUGCUUGUACAAAAAAACAAUAACCCUGUUAGACUCUGGCUAUAGUCUUUCACUGCCUAGGUAUAAAAUAAAUGUCUUGAUGAUGGA